AACAUUUCGCAUGUCAUGCUGAAUCCUCCAGGCUUAUCUUGUCCCGCAUCGGAGAAACGGCAACGCACACCAAGUCCAUAAAGACCCGAUUGAUCAUUCACUUAGCAACACGGUGAAAGUUGCAAAACAACUUCCUGCUGACGGCGAGGUGUGCACAUGUUUCUGCUGGCGCAAGUGCUGACGCUCCUGCUGUAAAGGGAGUGGACUGAACCAAGUUGGACUUUUUUGGUCGAUUUUUUCCCCCUCUUUUUUUCAGUGUACAUUAUUUUGAAGGUGUGUCUAUUCGACCAAUGACGCUGCAGCUUCUUCAGGCGUGAUUCGGUGCAUGGGAGGAGCGCUCCCUCUGUCUGUAAUAUAAACCCGGCGAGAGGAUCAGGACAGACAUUCAAAACUCAACCACAGGAUUUCAAGGCUUAAGGAAACUUUCAAAGACCGAAGAUUCACCGAUUAUUCAUAAACUUUCCCCCCCCCCCCGUGUUUUGGAGCUCACAGUCCACUGUUUUCCCUUUUUAUUUUCACCAAACUUUUAAUUCAACCUUCCGAAAUGUUUCCAGAGUCGAACAACGGAUUGAGCUAUGAAGACUGCAAGGCCACCGCUGACUGGCUGCUGGCGCAGAUCGACAUGCGCCCCACCGUGGGCAUCGUGUGCGGCUCGGGCCUCGGAGGGCUGGCCGAUCUGUUGAAGGACCAGGUGGCCUUCAACUACAAGGACAUCCCCAACUUCCCUCAGAGCACCGUGCACGGACACGCGGGACGGCUGGUGUUCGGCACCAUGAAGGGAAAACCCUGUGUCUGCAUGCAGGGCCGCUUCCACCUCUACGAAGGCUAUCCGAUCCAGAGGAUCACUCUGCCUAUGCGCAUUUUCAAGCUGCUUGGUGUCCAGACAGUGGUGAUCACCAACGCUGCCGGAGGCCUGAACCAAGACUUUAAGGUGGGCGACAUCAUGAUCAUCAAAGACCACAUCAACCUGCCAGGGUUCGCCGGCAACAACCCGCUGGUUGGACCCAAUGAUGAAAGGUUUGGCGUGCGGUUCCCCUGCAUGUCUGACGCCUACGACCGAGACCUGCAGCAGCUGGCCAUGGAAGUAGGACAGGAGCUGGGGUACGGAGCCUUCUUGAAGGAGGGAGUGUACUGCGUGCUGAGCGGCCCGUCAUUCGAGACGAUCGCAGAGUGCCGAAUGCUCCACUUGCUGGGUGUUGAUGCGGUUGGCAUGAGCACCGUCCACGAGGUGAUCGUUGCCCGCCACUGCGGCAUGCGUGUGGUCGCCCUGUCUUUGAUCACCAACCUGGCGGUGAUGGACUACGGCAGUGAGGAGAAGGCCAACCACGAGGAAGUCCUUCAGACGGGCAAACAGCGAGCGGAACAGAUGGAGCGGCUAGUUUCCUCCGUGGUGAACCGGAUUGAGCCCAACAACAACUACAUCUAAAAGCAGGGUCACCCGAGGACAUUUGUAGGUCGUCAUGCCAAGGAGAAUACUUCCUGCCCCAGACUCCUUUUUUUUUUUUUUUUUUUUUUUUUUUUUUGGGGUUUUUUUUAA